AUGUCACUUUUGAAGACAGUUUCUACUAGAGUUGCUUAUUCAUAUCCCAGAACAAUUGCUGCUGCUACGCAGCAACAUAUCCGUACACAUGCUACAACUGUAUCCGAUAAAGACAAAAAGACUUCGCGUCUUCAAGAUUUGCGUAGCCGACUUCAAGCUGAAGACACAAAUGAUUUGGACGAAUUCAUCAAUACUGGAUCCGCAAACAAAAUGACUCACUUGGAAGCCUUAGAAUUAAGAGAAACAGUGAUUGAAUCUAAAAAACUAAAGACUUCAAAAUUAAAACAACCUCGUUUACCAGAAUGGCUCAAGACAGACAUCCCUUCAGGUCAAAACUUCAGCAAGAUCAAGAAAGACUUGCGUGGUUUGAAGCUCCAUACUGUCUGCGAAGAAGCUAGAUGCCCUAAUAUCGGUGAUUGUUGGGGUGGAGGUGAACACCAAACGGCUACAGCUACUAUCAUGUUGAUGGGUGACGAAUGUACUCGUGGUUGUCGUUUUUGUUCUGUCAAGACAAACAGAGUACCUAAGCCUUUAGACCCCCAUGAACCAGAGCAUACUUCGGAAGCUAUCAGUCGUUGGGGCCUUGACUAUGUUGUCUUGACCAGUGUUGACCGUGAUGAUCUCAAGGACGGCGGUUCAAGCCAUUUUGCUGAGACGAUCCGCAAAAUCAAACAAAAGGCUCCUCAUAUCCUAGUUGAAUGUUUGACAGGUGACUUUGGUGGUGAUCUCAAAGGCGUAGAGACAGUUGCUUUAUCUGGACUAGAUGUCUAUGCUCACAAUAUUGAAACCGUUGAAGCCUUGACACCUUAUGUUCGUGAUCGCCGUGCUGGCUUCCGUCAAUCGAUCAAUGUACUUAAGCAUGCAAAGCAAGUGAAGCCUGAAUUGAUCACUAAAACCUCUAUUAUGUUGGGCUGUGGCGAGACAGACGAGGAAGUCUUACAAGCACUUGAAGAACUUAGAAAGGCAGAUGUUGAUUGCGUUACUCUUGGUCAAUACAUGAGACCAACAAAGAGACAUAUGAAGGUGCAUGAAUACGUUACACCCGAGAAAUUUAAGUAUUGGGAAACAAAGGGUAUGGACAUGGGGUUCAAAUAUGUUGCCAGUGGUCCUUUGGUCCGAUCAAGUUAUAAGGCCGGUGAAUUCUAUAUCAGUAACAUUUUGAAGAAGCGUAAGGGAUUGCCUCUUUCCCCUAAACCCUCCACUACUUCUUCACCUAAAAAGACAUUACUGUAA